AUGAAGUCGGCCUCUGCCCCGUCAAAUGACCCGUUCGAUGACCUUUUCUCCUCUUCAGCUUCUGGCGCCGCGGCCCCGGCUCCGGCUCCGGUUCCGACUGACGGCGCCCCCUCGUCCAUCGCCAAUGAUGACAUCUUCGGGUUUUUCACCACCCCGGCGGUCCCGCAGUCGCAGCCGCAGCCGCAUGUCUCCACGGCCUCCCCCUCGAUGGACAGCGCAAGCAACGCCUCUGACUGGGACUUUGUCAAGGCUCCGGCGUCCCUAUCGUCGAUGACCUCGCCAGCCCAGCCGCCGGUGGCCGCGAGCAGCGCCUCGCAUCCGGCUUCGGGCGACCUGCUUGGACUUGGCUUGGGCCCUGCGGUCGUCGGCUCGCAGACAGCCUCGCCGUCCACGUCGUCGUCGGCCUCCUCGGCCGCAGUGAGCCCGGCCCCGAGUCCGGCCGCUGGCUUUGGCCGUGCCACCCAGCCCGCCGCCCAGCCCGCCGCCCAGCCCGCCGCUCAGCCCGCCGCUCAGCCCGCCGCCCAGCCCGCCGCCCAGCCCGCCGCUCAGCCCUCCACCCGGACGGCUGCCGCGCCAGCCCGGCCGCCGGCCGUGGCGGUCGCUGGCCCGGGUUUCCAGCCUGCCGAGGCGUCGCGCGCUCGGUCGCCGGCAUCCCCUGCCAGCGGGUCCGGCUCCCCGUCGGCUGCCUCCACCACUGGGGCGUCGGCCUCCUCUUCGCGCAGUGCCGAGGGCCUGACCUCCUUCCUCUUUUCGCGGCUGUCGGCCAUGACAACCGCCGCGGCGGAGAGCGCACGCGCGGCCACUGAGCAGGCAUCGCAGUAUGUCAAUCGCCAGCAGAUGCAGGAGCACUUCCACAAUGCCCUGUCGGCGGUUGCCUCGGUGACUGGCGGCGGUCCCGGGUCCCCGACCGGCCAGCCGUAUCAUCCCCCGCCGCACUUUGUCGCGCAGCUGGUCAGCAUGGGCUUCUCCGAGCCGAUGGCCAUCGAGGCGCUCAUUGCCCACCGGGGGAACAUUUCACAGGCGGUGGCCACGCUGACCCAGUUCGAGCAGACCGCCGAGGCGUUUACCGAUGCCCCGGCUCCGGCCCCGGCUCCGGCCCCUUCGCAGGUGGCGGCCGAGGCGUAUGCUCACGCGCAUCCGGAGGCCGAUCCGGCGCUGCUGCAUCAGCUUUGCGGCAUGGGCUUCAACAUCGAGCAGUCGCACGCUGCCCUGCGGUGGUCGGCUGAGGCCCUGGGCCCCGGGGCUUCGGCCGCACAUCUUCUCGAUGCUGCCAUCGACUAUCUGACCGCCUCCGCAGUUUCGGAGCCGCGCGCUGCCCCGGCCCCGGUGCCCGCCCCGCAGACCCACACCCCUGCCGGUGCCCGCCCCGUUGCCGCGACCGCCCCUGUGGCUGUUCCUGCCGCCGCCCCGGCCCCGGUCCCGGUGGUUGACCCGGCCCCCAAGGAUUCGGAUGUCCCGCUGCCGGAGGCCGUCACGGCCGAGCGUCAGCGCGGUAACGACCAGUUCCGCGCCGGUGACUACCAGGGCGCCAUUGUCUCCUAUUCGGCGGCGCUGGAUCAGCUGAAUGCCGGCACGCACCCGGCCACCCUGGUGUCGAUCCUCAACAACCGGGCCAUCUCGCGCCUGCGCACCCAGGACUAUGACCUGUGUGUGGCCGACUGCGAUGCCAUCCUUCGGGUGGAUGCCUUGAACUUCCGGGCACUCAUCCGUCGUGGCCAGGCGUACGAAUCGCUGGAAAAGCUGGACCCGGCGCUGGCGGACUUCCGGCGCGCGCGCGAGAUCAGCCCCCAGGAUAAGCAGGCCUCCGAUGGCAUGAACCGCGUCCAGCGGGCGCAGGCCAUGCUGAACAAGCGCCGGUCAUCGCCGGAAGCCAGCCGCUCGGCCUCGGCGUCAUCUUCCAGCGCCAGCCUGGCCACUCCGGCUGCUGCUGCUGCUGCUCCCGCGGCUGUGUCUGCCCCGGCUCCGACCCUCAGCAGUGCCGGCUUCGACCUGUCGGAAUUUGACACGCUUGGAUCUGCCCCCUCCGCCGGUCCUGCCAGCACCGCUGCCCCGACUGCCUUCGCCUCGAGUGCCUCCACGGCCCCCGUCAUCCCAGUUACCGCUGCCGAGGUCGAGUCUUCUGACGCCCUCAAGCGCAUGCGCGCGGCGGAAGAGCAGGCCGCUCAGAACUCGGCCGAGGCGGAUGCCGCCCUGCCACGCGUGCAGGCCACCCUCUCCGCCUGGAAGGACCCGCGAGUGGGGAACAUCCGUGCGCUGCUGUCCUCCGCUCACACGGUGGUCCCGGCCUCGAUCGAGUUCACCGCCAUCAGUUUGGCCGAUUUGAUGACGCCGGCUCAGAUCAAGCGCAGCUACAUGCGCGCCAUUGCCAGUGUCCACCCCGAUAAGGUGCACAAUGCCGACACCGCUGACAAGCUCCUGGCACAGGGUGUCUUCCAUGCGCUGAAUGAGGCGUACAACGCCUUCCGCGACCAGCAGUAACCGGUGGCCUUCCCGCUCCCUCUCCUCCCCUUGCUUUCCCCUCUUCCUCCCCCCCCCCCCCCCCC